AUGGUGAAACGACGGAGAAAGACAAGGACCCAUUUGAAGGGCCCCAUCAACAACUCCCAGACAGACACACGCGCUCCGAAGAGCUUUGUCAUUCGCGGCGGCCGCGUAGGCAAGAGUGUCUCAGCAUUGGUCCGUGAUGUACGCCGCAUCAUGGAGCCCAAUACGGCAUCGCGUUUGCAGGAGCGCGAGAAGAACAAGUUGCGCGACUACCUCACUAUGGCAGGCCCGCUGGGCGUAUCACAUAUGAUGAUAUUCAACCAGACCGAUGCAGGUAUCAACAUGCGUGUCUUGCGUUGCCCUCGUGGGCCUACCGUGACGUUCCGUGUGAACAAAUAUGCCUUGGCGGGCGAUAUUAUGCGCAGUUCACGGCGGCCUAUCGCCCCAGGCUCAGAGUUCACGACGCCUCCGCUGCUUGUGCUGAACAACUUUGGCAGUGAGGAGCGGCAUGUGAAGUUGCUAGUCUCUGUCUUCCAGAAUAUGUUCCCGCCACUGCAUGUGCACUCGAUGCGGCUAUCGCAAGUGCGUCGUGUGGUUUUGCUCAACUACAAUCCGGAUACCAAGACUAUUGAUUGGCGUCAUUACCUGAUCUCCGUGCGCCCUGUGGGUGUCUCGCGCUCUGUGCGUCGCGUGAUUGAAGGAUCGACACGUCCCUCGGCCGCUUCAUCAGGUAGUGUGACGGGCCAUGGUGGCGAGCAUCGUCGUCAUGGGCGUGCGUUGGUUAACUUGGGCAAUGCGACCGACAUUGCUGAAUAUGUCAUGCGUGGUAGUGCAGCGAUGGGCGGCGAAGACACGGAUACUAGUGAAGCCGAGUCCGAGGCCGAAGAUAUGGCUGAUCCACAGAAUGCUGUGGAACUCUCGCAAAACUACGUGGGACGUGGCAAUGCGGCCAAUACACAACGUGCUGUGCGACUUCGUGAGAUUGGGCCCCGUAUGGAGUUGCGCCUUGUCAAGAUUGAAGAAGGUUUGAAUGGCAGUGCAGUGCUGUACCACGACUAUGUACACAAGACGGCUACAGAAGUAGCACAACAAUCGCGUGAGAUUGCGGAGAAGAAGCGGCUUACAGCGGAGCGCAAAGCCGAGCAGGAACGCAACGUCGAGCGCAAAAAGCAGGAGAAGGCUGCACGCAAAGUCUCAUUUGCUUCGUCGACAGAGGCUAUGGACGACGCUAGUGACGAGGCUGGGGAAGAAGAGGACGACGACGACGAGUUUGCCUACGAGGAUAUGGCUGCGGGUACACCUGGCAACGACAAUGCGAUAGCACACGAUGUGCUGGGCAGUGAUGAAGAGCUCUUUGACGACGCGUCUGACGAUGACUCUCACGCUCACGCGUGGGCUGAUUCAGAUGCUGAGGAGGACGAGGACGAUAGCGAUUUGGAGCCCAUUCCCCUGGGCGAGACCAAGUUCACCGUCGAGACCUCGCGACCGCACGGCAAGAAGCGGCACUCGCCGCUGUCGUCGCGCGAACGCGUGGCGAGCAUUGUCGGUCAGUCUUGCUUUUGUUGCAGCGCCAUGGCCCAGAUCUUCCAGAAGGACCCGCGCAAUGCGGGCCUUUUUAUCGGCGGACAGCGUCUGUCUGGUGCAGAUAUCCGUGAUCAGAAUGUACUUGCCGUGCAGUCGAUUGCGAACGUAGUCAAGUCGUCGCUGGGCCCUGUGGGUCUUGACAAGAUGUUGGUCGACGAUAUUGGCGAUGUGACUAUUUCAAAUGACGGUGCGACGAUUCUGCAGCUUUUGGAGGUGGAUCACCCGGCUGGGCGCAUCCUUGUCGAGCUCGCACAGCAGCAAGACAAGGAGGUGGGUGACGGUACGACUUCUGUCGUGAUUCUUGCUGCUGAGCUGCUGCGCCGUGCGAACGAGCUUGUAAAGAAUAAGAUUCACCCUACGACGAUCAUUACCGGCUACCGCCUGGCGUGCCGUGAGGCAAUCAAGUACAUCCAGAAUGUGUUGGCCGUCAAGGUCGAUGCCCUGGGCAAGGAGAGCCUGAUCAAUGUGGCCAAGACGAGCAUGUCUAGCAAGAUCAUUGGAAGUGACGAUGACUUUUUCGCACAAAUGGCCGUCGAUGCUAUGUUGGCCGUCAAGACUGUCAACGGUCGCGGUGAGACCAAGUACCCUGUGAAGGCCGUAAAUGUGCUCAAGGCGCAUGGUAAGUCGGCUCGUGAGAGCGUGUUAGUGCAUGGUUAUGCCCUCAACUGCACUGUGGCUUCGCAGGCCAUGAAGACACGCAUUACGAAUGCGAAGAUCGCCUGCUUGGACAUCAACCUUGUCAAGCAGCGGAUGCAUAUGGGUGUGCACAUCACUAUUGACGACCCUGAACAGCUGGAAAAGAUUCGUGCGCGCGAGAGUGAAAUGGUCCUAGAACGUGUGCGCAAAAUCCUAGCGACUGGUGCGAACGUCAUCUUGACGACCAAGGGUAUUGACGACCUGUGUCUCAAGGAGUUUGUGCAGGCCGGCGCCAUGGCAGUACGUCGCUGCCGCAAGGAAGACUUGCGUCGCAUUGCCAAGGCCACAGGUGGUCAGUUUGUAAGCAGUCUGGCGAACCUUGAUGGCGAGGAGUCGUUCGACGCUAGCAGCCUCGGUUCUGCCGACGAAGUUGUUCAGGAGCGUGUGGGUGACAAUGAAUUGAUCUUGGUGCGUGGCUCGAAGGUGUACAGCUCUAGCUCGAUCAUUUUGCGUGGUGCGAAUGAAUACAUGUUGGACGAAAUGGAGCGCUCGUUGCAUGACAGUCUCUCGGUCAUCAAACGUACGCUGGAGAGUGGCUCCGUGGUGCCUGGUGGUGGCGCGGUAGAGACGGCUUUGGACAUUUACCUGGAAAACUUUGCUACCACGCUCGGCUCGCGUGAACAACUGGCCAUUGCCGAGUUUGCACAGGCGCUGUUGAUCAUUCCCAAGACGCUAGCUGUCAAUGCGGCCAAGGACAGCACCGAUCUUGUGGCCAAGUUGCGCGCGUAUCAUACCGCCGCCCAAAACGCGGGCGCAACCGACCCGAAAAAGACGCUGCGUUUCUUUGGUCUGGACCUCUUGUCCGGUGCUGUGCGCGACAAUCUUCGCGCUGGUGUACUGGAGCCCACGAUGAGCAAGCUGCGCAGCCUGAAGAGCAGUGUGGAAGCCGCUACGAGUCUGCUCCGUAUUGACGAUGCCAUUACCAUUCCGCCAGAGCAGCCCAAGGAGGACCCACAUGACCACAUGUAG